AUGGCGGCCCUGAACAAGGAGAAACACAUCAAGUACUGGCAACGAUGUUACAACAGCUACCUUCCCACCCCAUACACCAGCUCAGACUCGACCCGUUUGAUGUGGGCAUGCUUCAUCACCUCUGCGUACGAUCUGCUCUCAAUCCCCUUCAGCUCCACUGACCGCACCAAGAUCCGUUCCUGGGUUCUUAGCCUGCAGCACCCGGACGGCGGCUUCUGCGGCAGCCCAACCCACAGCCUCCCCGGCCAGGAGAGCCACAAGGGCACGGCCAACCUGGCCGCGACUUUCUUCGCCCUCAUUACCCUCGCCAUUGCCUCCGACGGCGAGGAGGAGGCCAGGGCUGCAUUCGCCGGCGUUAAGCGGGGAAAGCUCCUGAGGUGGCUGAAGAAGCUGCAGAGAGACGAUGGGAGCUUCGGGCAGAACCUGUGGGAGGGCAAGCCAGUUGGUGGCAGGGACACGAGACACAGCUAUCUAGCCAGCUGCGUUCGGUGGAUGUUGAGAGGCCAUCGCAAAGAUGACGAUGAGCCCUGGGAGGACGACGUCGAUGUGAAAGCCAUGAUUGCACAUCUUCGAAGGGGACAAACAUACGAUGGUGGUCUCGCUGAGUUCUCAGAAUAUGAAUCACAUUCUGGUUACGCCUACUGUGCCGUGGGCGCAUUGUGGUUCUUAGAUCGACCCAGCUCGGCUUCUUCUCCACGACCGGAGCCCUCGUCCCUGACGGCAAUGGAUCAAGGCAUCCCUGACCAGCCUGGCAUGCUGAGGUUCCUUGCUGGUCGGCAGCUCAACUACCUCGCCGAGGAAGAGGACGAGGAUGAGGAAGAGAACUUUAUCCAGGACGCGGUUGGGAGUUUGACUUUAGAGGAGGGCUGCCGUCAUGUCGGCUUCAACGGUAGAUGGAACAAGAAGGCAGAUACAUGCUACGUUUGGUGGGCAGUAGCUACAUUGGCUAUGCUCGGCAGCCCCUUUCCAGUAAACGUUGAGGGCUCCAGGAGAUAUCUACUUGAAGUUACGCAGCACCCUAUAGGCGGCUUUGGCAAGUUUGCUGGCACGCCCCCCGAUAUCUACCACUCAUAUCUGGGGCUGGCGGUUCUGGCAGUGUUUGGCGACGCGGAUUUGAAGGAUUUCGACGCCGGCUUAUGCUGCAGUAAGGAGACGACAGGGAAGAUUGAAAAGGCAAGAGAAGGCUUACUCAAGGCGACCGAGGGCGAAGAUCAAACGGCAUGGACAUCUGAUGGCUUCUGGGCAAGCUAG